AGUUUGCUCACUUCUCAUUCCCAGCCUUCCUUGCAAUCUUAGACUCUCAUUCAUUUCACCUCUCUCUAAACCCAAAACAGUAGCAACCCUCAGUCUGCUACCUCCUCUCUAAUCUCACCGGGACCCAAAAGCAGGCAAUCUGAAUCUUGUGAAUGCAUAGGAUAUACUAGGGAAUUGCUUAAGAAGUGUUUCGAGGGAUAAAACAACAAUCAGAUGUGGCUGCAGCGUGCAAAACCGUUCAGGCACAUAAAGGCCUUGCGGCAGUGUUCUAAGUCUCCAUGGAUUUUUUCAAUAUCGUCUUCCUACUCAGAUUCUCCGCACAAGAAGUUGAAGAUUGCCCCACUACAGGAAAGGAAAAUGAUAGACAGGUUUAGGCUGUAUGCCAAAGGGGGGAGUGGGGGCAGUGGUUGCUCCAGCACUCGCCGUAGUCGCCAUGAUCGCCAUGGCAUACCUGAUGGUGGAAAUGGUGGAAGAGGUGGUGAUGUAAUUUUGGAAUGUUCUACAACAGUUUGGGACUUCAGCGGUUUGCAACCUCACCUUAUAGCACAGAGAGGGGGACAUGGAUCCUCGAAGAAUAAAAUUGGCACCCGAGGAGCGGAUAAGGUUGCCCAAGUGCCCAUCGGUACGGUGAUUCAUCUUAUGAAGGGUGAAAUUCCUUUUGUUGCCCAAAGCCAAGUUUGUAAAGAUUUGGAUCCAUGGGAGCUUCCAGGUACUCCUAUUGAUGAUGUAACUGGCUCUGAUCAGCAUUCUGCCCCUAGUGGCCCAAAUAUGGCAGUGGAUACUGCUAGCUCAUCAAUUCGACUUGAAAGAAUUGUUGAUAAAGCAGCUCACAUGACGAAAAUCACCCAAGUUGAAUCCACUGAGGUUCCUACUCAAUCUCCACCUUCGUUUGAGAUGUGCACAGAAGAUGAGACAGAGGAAGAAGAACAAAUUCAAUACAACGUUGCUGAGUUAACAGUUAGGGGUCAACGAUUAGUUAUUGCUCAUGGAGCGGAAGGUGGAUUAGGUAGCGUGUCUCUCAAAGUCCCAAAGAAAUUUAAAACGGAUCCGUUAGAUGCUCAAGUAUCUGAUGAUGAUCAGUUGGCCCUCAGUGCUGGUAUGCCUGGUUCAGAAGCUGUUCUCAUAUUAGAACUAAAGAGCAUUGCUGAUGUGAGCCUAGUGGGAAUGCCAAAUGCUGGUAAAAGUACGCUGUUAGGGGGUAUAUCUAGGGCUAAGCCUGCUGUUGGCCAUUACGCCUUCACCACUCUUAGACCCAAUUUGGGGAAUUUAAACUUUGAUGACUUUUCACUCACAGUUGCUGAUGUUCCGGGACUCAUAAAGGGUGCCCAUGAGAAUCGAGGACUUGGACAUGCAUUCCUCCGUCACAUAGAACGAACAAAGGUUAUAGCUUAUGUGGUGGACUUGGCUGCCGGAUUGGAUGGUCGAAAAGGUACCCCACCUUGGGAACAGCUUAGGGAUUUGGUCUUAGAGCUUGAGUAUCAUCAAGUGGGUUUAUCUGAUCGACCAUCACUCAUAGUGGCAAACAAAAUAGAUGAGGAAGGGACUGAAGGUGUGCAUGAAGAACUGAAAAGAAGGGUACAAGAUGUUCCUAUAUUCCCUGUCUGUGCUAUUCUGGGAGAAGGAAUUCAAGAGCUAAAGAUUGGUCUUAGGAAACUUGUGAACGGUGAAAUGACAGACAGACUCCGGGUCGAUAAAAUUAUGGUUGAUUAAAGGUCAGUGACUACUAUUCAAUGAAAUUGUUGUCUGAAUAGGACAAUGAUCAUUCGUUAAGUUGUCUUUUUUUAGUUUAAGUUACUGGUAUUUCCAAGCCCAUAUGAUUUAUAUAAUCAAAUUUCAGAUUAGCCACUUACUACCAGUUUGUCUUUAAAUGUUUGUUGGGGUGUGAAUAUUGUUUCAUCGAGUCUAACUACUGCAGUGAGUAUAACAGAACCCUAAAUUUGUUUAAUAGUACCCCUUGCCAAAACUACUGCCUGUUCAAUCAAUUAAGCUAUGUGUACAUUAUGCUCUGCUGAAUUAGAUAUUUUCAAACUAUGCUCACUGAAUCCUAUAUAAUGGGACCAUCUCUGUUAUAAAUGUACAGGUAAGAUUCACUUCUACUAGAGAUGUGAUUCACCAGAUAAUCCGCAGAUGUGGUACUAAUAGCUUUACCUUAUCCGUCAUGCACCUAAUGUUACAAUCCCUGAUCAAGCCAUCACAUUUUGCAGAACUGGAACACCAUUGAUAAAAAUCAACUUUGAUAAGGCAACUAUCAGAAUUCUUUUUAUCCCUAGUGCACAAUGCAUUACAUGACUAGCACAAGACCCAUGAAUCUAUAACUAGUUGUACAUGCAAGUUACAACGGCUGUAUCCAAGUUUUUUUUGCCAACAG